GAAGAGAGCAAGAUUGUGUGGAACAAAGGAAAGAUUGUCCAGAAUAUGUUCCUUAAGCUCCAGAACGUUGAGUGUGGAGAGGUCGAGAUUCAGCUUGAGUGGAUCGAUGUCUCAGGUCUUCUGAGUAUAAAGGAGGAUGAGGAUGUUGCUUACUAGAUCUAUUUUUAUAUUACAGGAAGUUUGUUAGAAAAUAUACUAGUUAUGAAGCUGGCGUGGGAGGGGCUUCGGUCUCCAUAUAGAGAUGAUGUAUGGGUUUCAACUUUUCUCAAAAAAA